AUGUCGAGCCUAGCCAGAAGACGGAAGACCUCGUUACUGGGGUCGAAGAGAUGGUGGCAGGGCGGCUGUUGGGCCACCAGGAGCCACCAGGAGGCCUACCUGAGGAAGCUGUACGCCAGGAAGAACGAGCAAGCGGGAAAGGUCGAGGAGGAGGUUGGAAAUCGACGGGAGGACCUGGGGAACAACUGGAUCGCGCCUGGUACCGUCUACGAGCUACCAUCCGCGGACGAGCACUACCUGGACGCGUUCCUGAGGAGCCGCGAGGACGGGAUCAACGACGACGACGUGGUCGGUGUGGUCGUCGGGUGUCCGGGACUGGCGGCGUCCGGGGCCAGUCCCACGGAGAAGUGCGUCGAGUACCUGAACGGCGCCCACGACGCCGCCGCCGCUGCCUUCGAGCACGACCGUAGCAUCGGAGAUGCGGAAUGCAACCGCGUCGGCGAUUGCAGCUCCCUGCAUUCGGGUUACGAUGUCGCCGCCGCCUCCUCGGAAAAAGUGUGCAGAAGCUGCAGGUGUCCCAGGGAGGAGCAUCAGCGGACUUCGACGGAGGCGGGCGGUCCCUCGGGACUGGGCCUCGGUCCAGGCCCGCCGAUGGCCAUGGCCAUGGCGUUCCAAAGCGGGGCCGCCGGUUCUUCUCACCAAGAGCCGUUCAAGAGUCCUGUGCAAGCGGCACCGGCCGGCCUGGCGCUUCAGGAGGCCCUGAUGCAUCAUCAGAGGCACUCGCAGAGCGACGAUGACAGCGGAUGCGCGCUGGAGGAGUACACGUGGGUGCCGCCUGGUCUCAGGCCGGAUCAAGUACACCUGUAUUUCAGCGCGCUACCGGAAGACAAGAUCCCGUACGCGGGUAGCGCCGGCGAGCGGGAACGGGUGAAGCAGCUGCUGCAACAGCUACCGCCGCACGACAACGAGGCUAGGUACUGCAGCGGACUGUCCGAGGAGGAGAAGCGGGAGCUGAGGGUGUUCGCGGCGCAACGGAAACGCGAGGCCCUGGGACGGGGACACGCGAACCAGCUCGAGAGGCCCCACGGGGCCGGAUGCCGCGAAUGUGCCAGGCCCAUCGCGGCCGGCGAGAUGGCGGUCGCCGCGAGCCGCGCCGGACCCUCGGCGCUCUGGCAUCCGGCGUGCUUCGUCUGCUGCGUUUGCAGGCAGCUGCUCGUCGACCUGAUAUACUUCUGGCGGGAUGGCAGGCUCUACUGCGGCAGACAUCACGCGGAGACGUUGAAGCCCCGAUGCUGCGCCUGCGACGAGAUCAUACUGGCGGACGAGUGCACCGAGGCGGAGGGCAGGGCCUGGCACAUGAGGCACUUCGCCUGUCUAGAGUGCGAUCGACAGCUCGGGGGUCAAAGGUACGUGAUGAGGGAAGGUCGACCGUACUGUCUACGUUGCUUCGACGCCUCCUUCGCCGAGUACUGCGACAGCUGCGGGGAACCGAUCGGCGUCGAUCAAGGACAAAUGUCGCACGAGGGUCAGCACUGGCACGCGACCGAGGCUUGCUUCUGCUGCGCCACUUGCCGCACGUCCCUCCUCGGACGGCCGUUCCUGCCCCGAAGAGGCGCCAUUUAUUGCAGCAUAGCGUGCAGCAAGGGUGAACCGCCGACGACGCCCAGCGACUCCUCCGCCGGCCCGCCACCGCCACCUUCCUUCCUCAGAACUGGUCGAAGACAACCGCCGGCCAGCGAGGGUUCGUCGAGCCCUCCGCCCCCUCCGCCGCCACCCCCGCCGCCAGGAUCUAGACACACCCUAGGAUCGCCGCGAAAUUCCCCCCGUAUGACCAGGAAGCAUCAUCAAACGUCUGCUUCUCUGGCGACGACGCCCACGCAAAGCACGAUAAACCCCGAAUUCACGGCCGAGGGGUUCCCCUCUAGCGGCUCCAGACCGAGUGGCCUUGACCGGGUCCUCCUCGAGAGGAAUCUCGAGAGACUGCUCCAAGAACGUAGUUCUCAUCCUGAGGAAAAUCGCAGCGAAUUGGGAAGACUGAUGCAAGCAAGGGAUCGAGAGCCACUCAGAUGCGUCCAGAACUGCGCUCCCUCCCACGCAUCGAGUAUGCCGGAACUGCCUCCACCGCCACGGCCGUCGUCGGGAGCCUCGGCGUCGGCGUCGACGUCGACCUCGACAGGCGUGGUCGUUAUAGCCGGCGGCGUCGGGACGCUGUCCGGCGGCAACUUGGCCCAAGACUCGGCGACGUCGCCCACGAACCUGGUCAUCGCCCAAACGGAUCCCCCCACGCCGACGUCGCGACGAGUACGGUUCCAGGGCGACCUGGACGUGAACGACUACGCGGGCACGUCGUCGCGUGUCCCCCUCUCGCCCACGAACGACAGGAAUUCGUCGUCGUCGCCCUCCCCGUCGCCAGCCUCGCUGUCGAGGACGAAUGUGUCUCGAUCGAGGAGCCUACAGCCGGAGGAAGUUGCCAGCACGUCGUCUGCCUGGGGCACAGCAGGAAGUUCCAAAUCGAGGAUGGAGGGGGAGGACGAAGACGCGGAGAGUUGCUGCUCGACUUGCAGCUCCUCCAGCAGUUCCGACGAAGCGGCUGCGUACGCUCUACCGCCCAGAAGAGCAUAUGGGGGCGUCAGGAUCUCGUACGUGCCCAACGACGCGGUUGCGUGCGCGAGGAAACGCGGCCCCACGUCGUCGCCGUCGUCGAGCCAACCGCAGAGGGACACGGAGAAGUGCGUGGUGUCCUGAUGACCUCCGCGACCGCCGCGGGAAACGGUUUUACUUUGGAGUCGUACGGCGCGUGCCGACUCUGUCCUCGAACAGGUGCGGGCGUGCAGCGAAGUGCGGACGAACGUAAGAAAAAACAGAGUUCCUAGCCGACGGGCGCGUCGUGGCUCGAGGCACCAGCCAAUCGCGACGAGGACCCCCGAUGGAAUGCUCAUUCGUGUAAAUAGUGAAUGUACUUCCGGACCGAUCGCUCGCGGACACCGGACGAUCCCGAGGGUCGCGGCUUUUCCACCUAUUUUUAUUACCCCGUUGAUGUAUUUGAUAAUAAUAACGAUAAUAAUAACGUUAUAUUUUAUUACCACUGUCAUUCCCGCCGCGAAGCGUGAGUUCAACGCCGUGUACAUGUAGCUCGACCGGUUCAAUAGGAUCCCUGGACUCAAAGUCGGCGCAAAGUCGGUCCUUGCCAGCCUUCCAUUGUCUGUUACGUACC